GGGAAAGGCGGUGUGUACAAAUAUAAAUAUUGGAAAGUUAGCAACAUCCACAUGAUUUCUCGAUAACUUGUCUGAUAAAAAUACGGUGUAAUUAUAGACUUGAAAUAAAACAUGGAAGCUAUACAUUGUAGGCAGAAACAGGUUGCUGUUUUAAAAGAUUUAUUUGGAAAGCCUCAUCAAAUGAGUGUACCAUCCUUGUUUAUUUAUGGCCAUACAUCAACAGGCAAGACUCUUGUUCUUAAUACACUACUGAAAACUAUGAAGCUACCUCACGUUAUUGUGAACUGUGUGGAGUGUUACAAUGAACGUUUUUUAUAUGAAUAUAUCUUGAACUACAUUGCUGGUAACUUUGAUAUGAUGGCAGCAACAGCUGACCUUAUCAAAUGUGACAAUAUGAAUGAUUUUAUACGUCAUCUCAAGCAAAUUGUGACUGGACUAAAUUCUGAAACAUUGUAUAUUGUGUUUGACAAAGCAGAGUUUCUUCGUGACAUGGAACCAAAUAUUCUGCCAACUUUUCUGAAACUGCAAGAACUGACUGACUUGAAUGUAUUUGUGAUAAUGGUAUCAGAUAUUGUUUGGGAAAAGUACAGAUUUGGUACUGGAUUUUGUGAGCCAUUUGUGAUAAACUUCCCUGAUUAUAGUAAAGAGGAGCUUGUGGAGAUUUUAUGCCUUGAUUGUCCGGAAGAGUACCCUAUUGGUUUCUACAACAUGUAUGCGAAUCUUGUCCUCAGUAUCUUCCAUUAUGCCUGUACAAAUUUGAAAGAACUUAAACAUCUGGUGCUACUCAAUUUCAAACAUUAUACACAGCCAAUAAAGAAAGGAGAAGUUUCCAUUACUGAUACAAAGAAGUUAUGGAAAAAUAUAGAGCCACAUUUAAAGAAAGCAAUGUCAACGUUAUACCUGAGGGAAGUAUCUAGUUGUCAAUGGGAAAACUACCAGUAUCAGUUAGAGACUUCAGAAAAUGCUUCAUUACAAGGUCUGUUGAACAAAUCUCAUGUAGAACUUCCAUUUUAUUCAAAGUACUUGCUGAUUGCAGCUUAUUUAGCAUCGUAUAAUCCUGCUAAGUCAGAUAGGAAAUUCUUUGCUAAGCAUUCAGGAAAAGGGAGCAGAAAAUCUCAACAAAGUAAAAAAUCAGAAAGGACCAGCAACCAUAUGUUGGGGCCGAAGCCAUUCCCUCUGGAUAGAUUAAUGGCAAUUUUCUACUCUAUAGUUGAUGCAAGAGUUACUCCAACUGCCAAUAUAUUUAUGCAGGUAACAUCAUUGGUAAGCCUUCAUUUACUUGGACAUGCUGUGGGUGAAGAUCAGAUAGAACAACCAAAAUAUAAAUGUCUCGUCUCUCUUGACUUUAUCAAGUCUAUUGCAAGGACAGUGAACUUUGAUGUGCUGCGAUACCUGUAUGAUUUUGUGUAAGAUGUAACCAGGGAUUACACCACAACUACAUGGAAUGUCUGCACUUUAUUACAAGCGUGCAAGAAAUACUAUCUACCUAUACAUAUAAGUGUGGUCUGUAAAACAAUUAUAAUUACCUGUAAUGUUUUAUUCAUGUUACUCUGAAAAGAGGUAGACAUCUCGUAUAAAUUUUGGAAAAUGAGAGACAUUUAUGGAGGUGAAGAACUGUUAAUAGUAAAAAAAUCAAAUAAAAAAAUCAUGAUUUCUUUCAAUAAAGACAAUUAAAAAAGUAAA